CAUCCUGGACUCCUCUUCUCCCUCCUCCUCCUCCCCCAGAGAUGAACCUCAAUCUCCACCCUCCUUCCUCCACUCCUCCCCCAUUGGUCCCGCCUUUCCUCUGGAAGCCACUCCCACUCUCAGCCCUUCACAUGCAGAAUUCUUCCUCCACAGCCCGGCUUCUUCCUCCUCCUCCUCCUCAUCCUCCUCCUCCUCCUCACCGUACAGUCUCCUGUGCCGAGCAGCGGAGCCCGACUCCCCGACAGGAUGUAGUUCCAGCGGUGGAAGUAGCGCCUUGGUGUCGGAAGCGUCGCUGUGUUUUUCUGUAUCGGACUCGUUUUCAGCGCAGGUCGACUCGAUCCUGAGGGGCGACUACAUGACCUCGAUGGGGGCCGUGGGGCCCAAAAGGCUGUGUCUGGUGUGCGGAGACUUCGCCUCCGGGUAUCACUACGGCGUGGCGUCCUGCGAGGCCUGCAAGGCUUUCUUCAAGAGGACCAUCCAAGGUGGGAGGAGCACGUUCAUCAUCUCCUGUAUAAAGAAAUAA